CCCUGGUUACUCGACUCGACUCGACUAGGGCGCGGCGCGAGGGGCGCAGCGCACACACACAACAACACCCUCUUCCUCCCCCGUCUCGCUCCCAUCCCCCCCUCCCUUCCUCCUAUCUCCACCUCCGACGACGCCGAAGCAGCUCGUAGCCGUCCGUGCCGCCUGCCGCGAGGAGGGGGCGGGCAGAGGAAGGAAAACGGUGAGGUCGAUACUCUAGCCGCACCGCUGGAUCGAUUAAUGGCUGGCACGUUGGUCGAAGACUAUACAGGGGAUGGUAGAUCCUCGUCAACUGAGGACUUGCCUAGUGAUCAACAUAGCCAUUCCGGGGAUUCUUUAGUAGAGUGGAGGUCAAUCGAACAAGUUGAGAAUGGAACGCCAUCCACUUCACCAGCUUACUCGGACACUGACGACGAUGAUUGCGGGCCAAGGCCUACGGAGCUUUAUGGAAAGUUUACAUGGAGGAUUGAUAAUUUUUCCCAAAUUAAUAAGAGGGAACUGCGGAGUAAUUCCUUUGAUGUCGGCGGUUAUAAAUGGUACAUCUUGAUAUAUCCACAAGGAUGUGAUGUUUGCAACCAUUUGUCACUCUUUCUUUGUGUUGCCAACCAUGAUAAGCUGCUCCCAGGAUGGAGUCAUUUUGCACAGUUUACAAUAGCUGUAAUUAAUAGAGAUCCUAAGAAAUCCAAGUAUUCUGAUACUUUGCACCGAUUUUGGAAGAAAGAGCAUGAUUGGGGUUGGAAAAAAUUUAUGGAGCUAUCAAAAUUACAUGAUGGCUUUGUUGUUGAGGAUGUUCUUACCAUCAAAGCUCAAGUCCAAGUUAUCAGGGAGAAGGCAGAUCGCCCAUUUCGUUGCCUUGAUGGCCAGUAUCGAAGGGAACUAGUCAGGGUGUAUUUAUCAAAUGUGGAGCAAAUUUGCCGCCGCUUUAUUGAUGAGAGAAGAAGCAAGCUUUGCAGGUUGAUUGAGGAUAGAUUGAGAUGGUCCAGUUUCAAUGCCUUCUGGCUGGGAAUGGAUCCAGCUGUGCGGCGGCACAUGACGAGGGAAAAGACAGACACCAUAUUAAAAGUUCUAGUGAAGCACUUUUUUAUAGAAAAGGAAGUUACAUCAACCUUAGUAAUGGACUCACUAUAUUGCGGACUGAAGGCUCUGGAAUAUAAGAGCAAUAACAAAAAGGAAUUGUCCAAACUAACAGAGACAGAUGUUCGAAGCACUUCCAUGGUGCUUGUUGAGCAGGAUAUGUUUGUCUUGGCAGAUGAUGUGAUACUUUUGCUUGAAAGAGCAACAUUAGACACACUGCCACAUCAGCCAUUGCCUACGAAGGAUGAAAAAAGUUCACAGAACCGCACAAAGGACGCCAGCUCUGGUGAUGAUUUUAACAAAGACUCCAUUGAGCGCGACGAUAGACGUCUUAUAGAGCUCGGCUGGAAGACACUGGAAUUCUUUGCCUUGGCUCAUAUAUUCAGCCGAAUUGAAGUUUCAUACCAAGAGGCAGUGGCUUUGAAGCGCCAAGAGGAACUCAUUCGUGAAGAGGAAGCUGCUGGGCUUGCAGAAAUUGAACUUAAGGCAAAGCGUAGUGCUGCUGAGAAGGAAAGACGUAUCAGGAAAAAACAGGCCAAACAGAAGAAAAUCAGUCGGAAAAAUAAUAAAGGAAAAAAUGAAAAGGUUGACAUGAAGGAAAUAGUUGCAGAAAGCAGUCCAUCAGAUGAUAGAAUCCUUGAUGAUUUCUCAAGUCAAGCUGAAGAAAUGACCUCAAAUGCUGACAAUGCUGAAGAAACAUCUGAUGUCUCUGAUACCAGAGAUGAUAGUUCAGAGGUGCUUCAUAUUGAUCUUGAGGAUCGUGAAUCAAGUCCUGUUAAUUGGGAAACCGAUGCUUCAGAAACUCAGGCUACUGUGCCUGGUGGUGAGAUGCAACAUGAACAAGCAGGAAAGAGGACUUCAUUUGUGGAUGAUAGCUCGUCUACUUGUUCAUCUGACUCGGUCCGUUCUGUUAUUUUGAAUGGGUCAUAUACGGGAGGUGCCUGGACAAAUGUUAAAUCCUCGUCCAAUAGGGGGAACAACCGGAGGAAUAAAGAUACUGAUUCACGAACAGGGCUUGCACAAAGCGGACCAAAUUCAGCACCUAAUGGCUUUUUUGGACCUAGCAACUCUAAGGACUCGAGGCAUGAAGCCGAGGAUGACAAAAUUGUGUCACAGAAGAAGCCACAACGGCAUGUUGAUAUCCUGAGCCCCUCUAAGUUAAGAAUAACAGAGUCUUCCUUCCCUUCUGUGAGCCCUGUUAAGAAGCAGCAGCCUAUCUUCUCGCAGCAACCAAAGUCUUCAUUAGAAAACACCAACACUCUGGGUUCCCGUGCAAGCGAGGUUUCAGGUGCUACAGCUACCACAACAAGAGCAAGUGUCACUUCCACCCCAGCAGUCCAGCUAGUUCCAAAUAAGGGACCUUCGUCCAUUCCUGCAAUCCAUAAUGAGAGAUCAGUUCCAGUUGCAAGUAGACCGCUGCAGGUGCAUGCACCCUCCCAAUCUGAAGCUCAGAAGCAGACUUCUCUGGUAAAUACUGCUACUCCAAGCCAGGUCACUACAGUUCCAAGGCCCUUGAGUGCCCCGCAAGUCCCUGGAGGAAAGCAAACAGCAUCUGCUGUUUCAACAGUUCAGACAGCACCAGUUCUUUCUCGUUCAAUGAGUGCAGUUGGAAGGUUGGGCAAUGAGCCCUCUGCCAGUGCUCCUAGCUUUAUUCCUCGGUCAUACCAUAAUGCCAUGAUGGAGAAAAGUUCCAUUGGUGCAAGCGGUUUCACACAUCAGACAAGUUCAUCAGAACAAGGAGUUGCCCAAUCACAAUCGAUGUUUUCAUCAUCACCUUCCAUUCUGUCAUCAGAUAACUUGUCUAUGGAAGACAAGUCAUCACUGAAGCCUGGAUUUACGUUUGGAACCGUGAAGCCUGAGUCACUCAACCAGUACCAGUGGCGAGAAGAGAGCUCGCAGCAGGCAAGCUGCAGCAGCAGCAGUAGUGAUCAUAGCCUACCAAAUUCAAGCAUCGUUAAUGAGUUUGAGAAGCUCAAUUUGAAUGGAAGACCACGAGGCAAGGUACAGUUGUCAGAAAUUUCUACCAGAUUUACUCCAUACCAACCACAAGGCCUGGUCGGUGAUGAGUUUCCGCAUCUAGACAUCAUCAACGAAUUGCUGGAUGAAGGGCUCAGCGACAGAAGGAAGGUUCUACAGCCAGGAUUCUAUCGGCAAUUCUCUUUGCCCAACAGUAUACACACUAGAGUCAGCACACCUGAUUAUGGCAUGUUUGGUGACACAUACCAGUUUGAUCAGACCGAGCAAUACUACGACGAGGAACCUCUGAUGUACUAUAGUGAUCUGAACGGUGCUCCCCAAGGGCUUGGAGACAGGAGUUACUCGCAGUUUGAUCUCCCCUCGUACUCCAACAGUCAAUUUGAGAUGAGUCAGUGGCCAUACAGCCACGCUGACAACUCCUCCAUGCCAAACUUCGGGGCAGAUGUAAAUGGCUACCCCUACCAGCCGACCUCGGUGAAUGGUGCAGGCCGCUAUCCAUCCUAUCGCCCGGCGAAUGGGCAUUGAGCCCUUUUGAGGGAUCAAUAAUGAUUGCAACUGUUAUAAUUCCUUGUUGUAGUCCAUGCUGUUUGCUUCUGAGCGAGUGUAAUUGUGUAAUCCUUCCCUAUAGCUAGCGGAGAAAUGCUCCUCAGUUUCCUUGAUAGUGAUAUUUCCUUGAUAUAAUUCAGUCAGUUUUGCCCUGUGCUUGGUAUAGAAUCUCAAACCAGUUAGAUGCAUACAAUACAUGGUCUGGGUUACCUCUUGCCUCGGUAA